GUAUAUAAAGACGUUCCCUAACAUCCCAAAAAUCCAACCCAAAGUCACUUCCUUCCAUCGAGCUACAACCAAAAGAAAAAGAAUGGGAAAUAAAGCCUCCACUGCCAAAAUCAUUGAAAUGCAGUCGGCGAGUCAGUGGAGAGCCCAGCUAGAGGCCUCCAAGCAAAGUAACAAGUUGCUGGUGAUAGAUUUCUCGGCGACCUGGUGCGGACCCUGCAAAUGGAUGGAACCGGUGAUUGAAGAAUAUGCCAACUUAUAUGCUGAUGUUGAGUUCAUCAAGAUCGAUGUUGAUACCUUGGAGGAUGUGGCUCGUCAAUUCAAAGUUGAAGCAAUGCCGACCUUCGUUCUUGUUAAGAAAGGCAAAGAAAUAUGCAGGCUGGUGGGUGCUAAAAAGACUGAACUCCAGAAGCUCAUUGAGAAACACAGGUUUGAUAAUUAGGUUGUUUUUGGGGGGCAAACUAUAAAUAUGGGUGACGAAUAAGCUUUAUUGUAAGGUUUUCACUUUCUUUUUUUUUAUAUCCAAGUGUGUUAAUAAAGUACGACUUUCUAUUUUA